AUGGAAAAUAUGUUGGCCCAACUCUUUGAAGGUUUAGAGACACCAAGAUCCAGUACUGAAAUUGUUUCCAAGGUCCUCUCACAAACCAGUGCUGCUUCUACAUUCCUGAAGAAUGCUGGUCUUCAAACACCAGGGUCAAAAUCUGCUGGAUCAGUUGCAAGAGAAGCACAACUUCAGGAACAACUACAGGCAGAGAAGACGCGGGCUGAUCUACUUCAACAAGAACUAGACACCUUGAAGAAGAAAGGUGAAGAAACAGAAGAUGCAUUGGCCAAGACCCAAGAAGUAGUGCUCAGGACCCAGCAGGAGAUGGAGGAGUUCAAGAAGAAACAAGAAGCCAAUGAUCUACUACUUGAAAUAGAUCUUGAACAUCAACGCAGUAAUGUGAGCUACUUAGCUUGUUCUGCGCUUGCUAAAUACCUCUCAGUAGUUGCUGUAGUUACCCAGUGUCUUGAGCAAGUUGGUUAUGUCACUUGUGAACGAAUUUGUGUGUGA